AUGAGUCUUCAAGACAAGAUACAGAGUCAUCCUUCGUUCACAAAGACUCGUCUCAAUUCUCUUUAUUCAAACUUUGAACGUUUAAAACAUCUCAACCCUGAAGGAUAUGAAGCAAAUUUAAAAGCAUGGGAACAAUUGCUUCUUAAGUUCUUACGCCUGGGUGACUUUGCCAACGUAUUAUCAAUCCCUUCGACUUCUCCUAGCUUAAUGCAAGCAUUAUCUAUUCCUAUUUAUGGUUCACCUCAGUGUUUGGGACUUGUUCUCACGGAAUUGGUUAAAAGGGAUUCAUUGGUUCCUCUUUCGUACUACUUGGUAGAGGACCAACUGUAUAGUAGAAUCAUUAACAACAAAUUUGCAUUAACAGAUUACAUAUCAGCGAAGAAGUGGAUUCUGUGGACAUUAAAACAAAUUGGUAUACAAGGUGAAUUUCGUGCCACGACUACUUCUUCCUCAUCAUCUCUAGAUGGAGGAUUGGUCCCUGAGAAUUACUUAAAUUGGGAUUAUACAUGCGAAAUAGGUGAUAGAAUUGGUGGUUUAUUGUAUAAGAAACGACCAGGUAAUUACAGUAACAGGUUGUACGAUGGGAUUGAGUUCCAAGAGUAUAUUCAAAAAUUGACCAAGAUGUCCUUCACUUCAAUUGAUUAUGAGAUAAUAUUAAAAUAUCUUUCUAGGGAUGUCGGUCUAAUUGCUGUAAAAAUUGACGAUGAAGGAGAGAUCUGUAUAAAGUUACAUGAUUCCUUGGCUAAAAAUAAUGUAACAACAUUAACUAUAUCUGAAGAUGAUAUGGGGAUUAUAAAAAUUAAAAGACAAAUACAAAGAUUGGACCAACGGAACAAAAACUUUGAAGAAAAGAUAGAAGAUUUAAAUGAUAGGAUAAAGAAACUAAUUAUUCCGAAUAAGAUCAAUGAUAAAUCGUUUAAGGAAAGAGCAAAAUAUCUUUUACAGACGAGGAAAAUGUUUUCUGAUUCAUAUUCUAAAUCAUCAGCAAGUUUAGAUCAAUUAACUCAAAUAUUAUUACGUCUUGAUGAUGCAUCUAGUAAUAUUGAUGUUUUUUCUCUGUUAGCUUGUUCAUCUGAGAUUCUCAAGACAUUAAACGAAAAAAUUAACCAAGAUGAAAUAGAUGAAGUUAUGAUGAAUUUGGAAGAAAAUAUGCAAACAACUAAUGAAAUUUCUGAUUCAUUAUCGAAUACAUUGAACACUUACGAAUCAGAUUCUGAAGUUGAAAUUGAAUUAGCAAAGUUAACUUCAGAAUAUGAACAUAGUGUCAAGCCAAAUGUUGAGACCAAAACUCUGAAGAACGAAGAGUUGCUUACAACAUUAAAGAAUAUGCAUAUCGAUGGAUCUCAACAUACAAUAGAAGAUAGAACAGCCAACAAGGAUGAGGAGAAGAAAAUGGAGAAAUUAUAUACAUCAUGA